AUGGUCCAGGUGAUGAGCGCUGUGGUCAAGUUGAAGCAGUACACGAGUCUCCAUGUAAAAUCUGUAAGUAAAUCGGAUACGAACGAGGUGCUGACUGUGCAGUUAAAGGACGGAUGGCCGCUGGCAGAGGCCUACAAGAGUUGGCAGAGGACCGUGGCGGUACCAAUGCCGACAGCACCACAAGUAGCGUCGACGGUCAAUUCACCGGUGAUUACGGAAGCUCAUAGGCUAAAGCUGAUUAUGCAGGUCAAAAUUGGAGAGCUUGUUCUCACAGCACCUCGGCCACCUGGCGACCACUAUCCUGUCUUUGAUCUGAAGCCGGUACCUAGCUUGCGUCGACCAGAUUUAGAGCGAACAGAAUGA